AUGUCAGGACCUGUGCCAAGCCGGGCCAGGGUGUACAAUGAGGUCAACACUCACCGGCCGAGGGAGUACUGGGACUACGAAUCCCACGUAGUGGAAUGGGGCAACCAAGAUGACUUUCAGCUGGUGCGAAAGCUAGGCCGUGGCAAGUAUAGUGAAGUCUUUGAGGCAAUCAACAUCACCAAUAAUGAGAAGAUUGUCGUGAAGAUCCUCAAGCCUGUGAAGAAAAAGAAAAUAAAGCGGGAGAUCAAGAUUUUGGAGAAUCUACGAGGAGGCCCUAAUAUCAUCUCCCUUAUAGACAUUGUGAAGGACCCUGUGUCUCGUACACCUGCCUUGGUUUUUGAACAUGUUAACAACACUGACUUCAAGCAAUUGUACCAAACUUUGACCGAUUAUGACAUCCGGUUCUAUAUGUAUGAGAUCCUUAAGGCCCUGGACUAUUGUCACAGUAUGGGAAUCAUGCAUAGAGAUGUCAAGCCACAUAAUGUGAUGAUUGAUCAUGAGCACCGCAAGUUACGCCUUAUUGACUGGGGCCUGGCAGAAUUUUACCACCCAGGACAGGAGUACAACGUCAGGGUUGCCUCACGCUACUUUAAAGGACCAGAGCUCUUAGUGGACUAUCAGAUGUAUGACUACAGCCUAGACAUGUGGAGUUUGGGUUGUAUGCUGGCAAGCAUGAUCUUCAGGAAAGAGCCUUUCUUCCACGGCCACGACAACUAUGACCAGUUGGUGAGAAUAGCCAAGGUUUUGGGAACAGAAGACCUAUACGACUACGUUGACAAGUACAACAUUGAGCUAGAACCUCGCUUCAAUGAUAUACUUGGAAGACAUUCUCGUAAGAGGUGGGAACGGUUUGUCCACAGUGAAAACCAGCAUCUGGUCAGCCCAGAAGCUCUGGAUUUCCUCGAUAAGCUGUUGCGCUACGAUCACCAAGCCCGGCUGACUGCCCGUGAGGCCAUGGAUCACCCGUACUUCUUCCCUAUUGUAAAGGACCAGUCUCGUGGUGUAGCUGGAGUCGCCAAUCUACCCGGUGGGAACCCGGCUGUUAGCACAGCCAGCAUUAUCACUGGAGGCGGUGUCUCUGCCUUGCCAGCUUCUACUGCCCUGGGCCCACUCACCGGUUCGCCUGUCCUGUCUGCCGCCACCAAUGCUCUGAGCUCCCCAGUGCCCACUGCUGCCGGAGCCCCUCAGUGA